CCCCCGUGGUCGGAAAGCAGCGCAGACAUGGAUUCCCCGCCUCGCUUCUUCGCCAUUGUCGUCACGCUUUUCCUGGCCGUGUUUCUAGCUCUUGCCAAUGGCGUUCACGCCGAGUCAGCCACCGAACGAGAGCCCGCCUCGUUCCGGCAGCAGCAGCCGCUGGCCUCGUACCCUACAGUGUACGGCCUCGCCUACCAGCAAGGGUUCCCGACAGCUUACCUGGCAAGGCCUGUGGCGAGGCCAUCGCUAGGGUCUCGCCUCCGAGGUCUAGUGAAUGCACUAUUCUUUCGCCGCCAACAGCAACAGCAGCAGCAGCCGAGCUACCAGGCGUACAAGCCAUCGGUCGCCGUCAAGCCCGAUCUAGUGGCUGCGGCGUCCAAGCCCUUGCUCCACUCGGCCCACAAGAUACACUUUCCGGGAUCCUUUCAGACUGGCAAACUGGGAUACGGAAAGCAGGGACUGCAGGCUGCCUACGCGCAGGCCUACCCCUACAUGUCCACGGCAAAACUGUACAAUGGCCUUUACGGGACGUCGAAAAACACGUACGCCGCGAAGCCCUUCGGCGGAGCCUACAAGGCUUGAGUGGCCCGGACAGACGUUACUCUGAAAGUUCGGGGCUGAGCGCUCUCAAUGGCGCGUCGCGCAUUUCCCUUCGUUUUUUUUGUUCUCUUUAUUGGCAGGACGAUCGUCGUCAUUGUUUACCACUCUGCAAGACACUCGACCUAUCAGCGUGCACUUUGCGUAGCUUCCGUUUAGCGUCGAGGCUUGCUGCCGAGGUCUGAAAAGUCAUCGCUUUCGACUCUGUAUGACUCAUGCUUGUCCCCAUCAAGCAGAAAGGCAUCAGUCAACGAUUGGAUGACAUUAGUCAUAUUUGUGCCCCCCCUACUCGUCAUCUAUAUGAACGCCUUGCAGUGCGCGUUGAAGACGGCCAACAUUGAUGACGUUGUUUUUGACAUGUCGGUACUUGAUAGUUUACAAAUGCCUGUGAACUCGCAAAAUUUUAUCUGAAACGGUAUGACACUUUCUCAGCACUGUUCUUAGCGAUGGCGAGAGAACUUGCAGGAAAGUUGGUCUGCUCUCAGCGCUGACCGCAAGUGCCAAGAAGCAUGCACAAAAGCGUUUAUAGAAAGAUGGAAUAUCGACAAUAGGAUAGCUCUUCGUUAAAGUGAGGCCCCGGUCGUACGGGUAUUCUCGCAAGAAUAGCAAUCUGAAAAGUUGGAAUUCACUACAAUUCAGACUUGGGUGCAGUAAUUUAGCGUGCCAUGUUGUCAAUUGUUAGCGAGGCAUCAUCGCUAAUUUUCUAACUUACACAAUCGAAGGGCUUAUACCGUUAUAUAAACGUUGUUUUUAACAUCGUUAGAAUGCUGUCUUUAAGACCAUGCGGCAGCAUCAUGAAGUACUUAUGUUAAACUCGGAAGCUUAGAAUGGAUGGUAUGUGAAACAAAAUCGUAUACAAUUUUCUACGUAUUUAGCAUUGGUAGGCAAAACGAUGCAAGAGUGCAUUAUUUGUAGGCAAGUGAGGGCCAGCAGACCAGCAGUGUGGACAGGCAUCAUGGUCUAGUGCGGACAGGCAUCAUGGAAACAGCUGGUGGCUUAGGUAAUUGCAGAAUACUUAUAGGGUACUGUGAUUUCAACAGCAUGUAGUCAUGCACCUGUUUCAUUUUUUUUUUCGCAAUCGGCAUGGUCCUGUCGGUGACUCGGAGUUGUGCCAUCUUUAGAGAGACAGCCGUAGACUUUUUGAAGUGGUCCUGCACAGGGGCAGAUUCACUGUUCAUAUGAAGGUAAAAAGAAUGUCGAAGAAACAGCACAUCUCUCAGUGUUUUUAGUUUCUUAAUUAGACUAGUGAUAAUUACAAUGAUAUUUUAUGCUGCUGCAUUGUGCUGAGGCAUCACUGUGUCGUAGAGACAAGCGUUUGGCAAGAAGGUGGACAGAUCAGUUGUGUCGGAGGCCUAGCGCUCCACUUGUGGCGCGCUAAAAGUCAAGCGCUGAUUCAGUAUGGGAAUGUAUUGAACCAAAGUGUCUAUCGACUUUGGGUAGUUCUUGCUGUGUUGUAAGAAGAGUUUUUGUCAAGUAGCCAAAGUGCAGAAGGUGUGAGAUCCACUGCGUAACCUUAUGACGUGAAAGAGAAAAACAAGCCCGGUGGGUUACUAAGAUACAAUGCUGGCUGACUGGGGUUGUUACGUGAUACAGCUGAACACCGCAUCUUACCCAAUUCUUUCUUCUUUAUUGUAAAGCUCAAGUCAGCGCUGAGUUAUCUAAGAGCAUUUACUUUCAGAUUCACCCCAGAGAAUCAAUGAAAACUGAAUUGCCAUUAUGUGUGUGUGCGUGUGUGUGUGAACUAGCAUCUUUGUGUCGAACAAAAAAAAAGUGCUCACAAAAGCGUCUAUUUAUUUGAUUCAUUUUGGCUAACACGACAUCCACCUGCAAUUACUUGUUGUUUAAGUGCUAUUCACUGUUCAGGGGGAAAGAUGAGACCAUUAAAACGCAGCCCUCGAGUACAAGUUGGAGAUUGUGUGUUUCAAUUGUACUUUCGCUUAGCCCAUGUAUACUGCAUACUUUAGAGGCAGCGCGUACGACGGCGCCAGCUGAAGUCAGAGGCCCAAUAGCAAGAAGUGACUUGCUGAUGGUGAAGUAGUAGCGUAAUGCGUUCAGAUUCAUGGUUUUUUUGUCUGUUAAGUGAACAAGUGAGCAUUGUGAGCGCAAAACAAGCAGAUUCGUGUGCGGAUAGUCGACCUGGAGCACGUACUAUUCUGAACGUUGCCACGAACAGUUCUUACUGCAAGUUCUUCAGCGUAAGUGGUCGCUUCGCAAACGUUUAUAAUGUAAGCACACGAGCAAGUUAACAAGCCUCAGUGUCAGUAUAGUGGCACUGGUCAAGAGCACGUGAUUGCCCGGAUUUUGGCUGCCUGACAUCAGCGAAUAUCACCUCCGCGAAUAAAAAAAAUAUGUGAACGUGAUUUUUUUUUGUUUUUUUGCGUGCUAACCUUUUGUAGACUCAGACAAAAUAUGUCAUAUCACUUUGCUGUAUGUGUUACAAUAUUUAUGCGUGCCUCGGUUCUAAUAAAUGUGUGUGCUUUCUGUACUGUC